CGAAUAUACGACGACAGUAGUUAAAACUAACAAGACAAAGUAGAUAUUUUUGUAGAAAUUAAAUUAUAUUUUCUGAUGCAACAUCUUUAAUCAAGUGAGCAACACAAAAAUAAGAAUUGGCAGAACAAAAAAAAGAAGAUAAAUAAAAUACGAGACAAUUUUGGCUACUUAAAAUGAACAGCACAUCAGUGUUUAUACAACAGUCAUCAAAUUUUCAAUUUCUUUCUGUUUGUCACUAUAUUAGUAUUUUUGGAGUGUAUUUUUACAACAAAGAUUUAAUUACACUUGAGCAACGAUGUGAUUCAAUUUUUAUUUUAAAUACAUUAUUUGAGUAUUUAAAUAAAUCUCCAGAUGAAUUGGAGGCAAAAUUUCAACUUUUGAAGAAAGUACUAAAAGGAAGUGAUCUUUACGGUGGUGAAAAAAAUGAAACACUUGACAUGAAAUACGUUAAUGAAACAUAUCAUUACAUCAUUAGCGAGGCUCUAUUUUCUCAUUAUGGAAACAUUAAUGGAUAUUUGGCUAAAAUCAUCAACAAUGCUGAUAAUGUAAAUUACUCUGUUCUUAAGGAGAAGGUGUUACAGCAUCUUUCGGAAAAUUACACAAGUAGGGAAUAUUGUUUUAAUAAUAUUCCGCAAAGAAAUAAUAGUUUCAAAAAUAAUCCGUUAGGAAAUUAUUGUUCAAAAAAUAAUCCACAAGGAAAUAAUAGUUCCAAACUUAACGGAUUGACAAUUAAAAAAGUUUUUAACAAUUAUAUUUGGCAAAUAUUUCCCCAACCCGAACAUGAAAUGAGCAUAAUGGAAGUGAAUUAUAUUUACGCAAUGGCAGGUUUAAAAAUCAUCAAAUCCGUAUCAUCUACAACUCCAAAUCUUACAUUUCAGGAAUAUAUUUUAAUCUCCCGUGAGAUUGAUUUACAGAAUUUCUCCAACGAAAUCUAUGAAUUGGUACUAAAUUUAUUCUCAACACCAGCAUUAUUUUUCUACGCCUACAAACAGAAGGCAAAAUUUCAAAAAAUUGAUUUUACCCUAACUAAUGAAUUUUGGAUUGAAGCUUAUCAAAAUUUAUUUACCCACAUUAGUUCAACUAUGCAACAAAUUGUAAGAAAAAGAAUUGAAAAUAAUCUUUAUUACAAAUUUGAAAAGGAAAUGAAUACUCUUAAAAGUCGAACAGUAAUUGCCACAAAUAUACUUAGAUUACAUUGUGAUUAUGAAAAUAAUCCACUAGUCUCCGAAACUGAUGUCUAUGUUUAUAAAACCUUUUACUCUUGGAUGACAAAAUUAAUUCUACCCAAACAUUGCCAAAUUGACAGUCUACCCGAUUUGGAAACAGUAUUUCAAAAUCAAUUUAAAGUUGUUGAAAAUAUAUACAAUGCAAUUGAGAAACAUGCAAUUGAAAAAGUUUUAAUUGACAGUAAUUUAAUUGAAAAAUUAAAUUCAAAUUCAAUUGUUCUAUUUGCACGAAUCCCACCAGAACAAAUGUAUGAGCCAAUGAUUGCACCAGUGACAAAAAAUUUAAACAAAGACAUUUACCUAACUUUUGUAAUCAUAAAAAAUGGAGAAAGUGAAUAUUACGCAAUUAGACAGGAAAAAAAUAAUCUCAACUUGCUUAUAAAUCGAGGAAACGAAAAAAGAUUUUCCUUUGCAGUUGCUAAGGAUGCGUCAGUAAAAUUGGAAAUUGAUAUAGUUGGCGGUUAUCUUAAAGAAGAGAAUGAAGAUUACAAGAUGUUUAUACAAAGAAUUGCUGAUAUAAAGACAGAAAAAUUUCUAACAGAACUAAAGAAUCACUAUAGAGAACCAACAUCAGGGGAGAAAAUUUUAGAUUUUCUAAAAUCAUUUAUUCCAUUUUACAGUUGUAUUGAAAGUAUAAUAGCAAAGGAUGUAAAUAACGCAAUAUCUAGUUGCUUCUUUGAUGCUUUAACUCUUAUUCCAUUUGCAGGUUUAGCUGCAAAAUAUACAACUAAAAUAACCAGUGCCUUGGCAAUUGAAAUUAGUGAACAAUUACUAAUGAAAAAUAGUCUUGUAAGUUUAGGAAUUUUACAAAAAUUAACAAUUACCACAGCUUUUCGACAAAUUGGCCUUAGGGCUGUUCAAACAAUUGCAAAUCAAAUUUUAACCCGAAAUCUUUUAAAAGAUUUUGGUAUUGCAACUUUACGAACAUUUGAUCCUGGAUUUGAAUUCCUUUACCAAUUAGGCAAUUCUGGUUAUCGAACAUUUAAAAAACUAUUUCAAAAUUUAAUCACAAAUUUUAAAAAUAUUCCCACAGCUAAUGAAUUUUUAUUGAUAAUUAAAUCCUUCUUAGUGAAUGUAAAACGAAAUAUAAAUUUACAAACUGAUAAUACUGGAUUGGUACCAUUUGUUUUAGCAAAAAAAAAUAAUUUAAACAUUGUUCGAUACAUAUAUCCAGGUGGAUCACACUUUUUUGGACCUAAAUGUUUAAUUGCCGCUGGAAAAACUAUGGAAUUAAGAAGCAUCGAAUGGUAUUCAUUUCCAAAUCCAGUUGUGGCGGAAAAAUCCUCCAAUGGAAUUUUUUACAAACAAUACAAUCCAAAAACUGGUGGUACAAUUGACGGGAAAUUAAAAAUGAACUCUGAUGAUAUUCUCCAUAGGGUUGGAAAUUUAAUAAAUGAAAUGGUUAUCAAUGGACGUGAUUUUAAUAUAAUUCGUAAUUAUCAUGUUUAUCAUAAUACAAUUACAUGGAACAAUUAUAAAGCAAAACAACAUUAUUCUUUAAAUGAAGAAAGUCUAAAUAGACCCAUUGAAGGUCUUAAUGAACCCAUAGAAGAUUUUAAUGAAGCACAAUAUCCUACAAAUGCAAGGGAAAAUAUAGUGCAACAAAAUUUUCAACAAAUUACAAAUUUUCAAUCUCAAGAGUCUUUAAACUUGAAUUUUGAUGUUCCUCAUGUUAUAGAUGUGAAAAUUAUAAAACCCUUAAGUGGCAAUGUAGGUGGUUUCAAUUUUCCUCUAAUACCACAAUCAGAAGCACCAGGAACAUCAAACACCAAUUCUCCAAAAUCAUUUCUUUCAAAGACAUUAAUUGAUAUUUUAAAUGAAGGAGAAAAGCCACCUCCGCCUCCAAUUGUUAAAUUAAAACAUGAUAUAAAUUCUGAUUUUCAUCUUGAUAAAAGUUUAGAAGAAAUUGUAACGGGUGGUCAAAAUGAUGGGCAUCAGUUAUUAAAUUCAGAAAUUUCCGAUUCUCUAUUGGAUAAUAAUUUUUUUUCACAAAACAGAAUGGAAACAUCAGAAAUUCUAAAUACAAAAUUAAAUUCACCAAAAUUGAAUUCACCAAAAUCAUUUUAUUCAAAAACAUUGGUGGAUAUUUUAAAUGAAGGAGAAAAAGUCCCAUUGACACCACCAAUUCCAUUAAAUCACAAAAAUUAUGUUGACAAUAAAUUUCCUAAGCCUCUUCAUUUUAAAUUUGAUAGGAAUUUGGAAAAAAUUUUAACCACCGGUUAUGAUGCUCAUCAAUUGGUUAAUAUGGAAAUUUCCGAAUCGAUAUUGAAUAAUAAUUUUUUUACAAACAAAAUAAUUGAAACACCAGAAAUAGAUACAAAUUUAUAUUCUCCAAUAUUGGAUUCACCAAAAUUUUUUCAUUCAAAAUUUGAUAUUUUAAAUAAUGAAGAAAAAGCCCUUCCAUCGAUUAAAAUAGAUCACAAUAAAAUUGCUGAUUAUAAAUUUCCAAAGCCUGUUGAUUUUAAAAAUUUAGAAGAAAUUUUACCAAAUGCCAAUGAUGGUGAUCAAUUGAUAAAUUCAGAAAUUUCCGAAACAUUAUUGAAUAAUAAUUUUUUUUCUCAUCACGAAAUAAAAACACCAAUAAUUUUAGAGAAAAAAUCAAAUUCUCCAAAAUCUUUUCUUACAAAAACAUUGAUUGAUAUUUUAAAUGAAGGAGAAAAGGCACCUCCACAUUACAAAUUCAAUAAGAAUUUAAAAGACCACGAUAAAUCUGCUCCAAUUAAUAAUGAAUUAGAAAAUUCCAAAUUUUCUUUAAAGAGAAAAGCAACUGAUGAUAAUUUUGAUGCAAAUAUUCCGGAAAAGAAGAAAAAACUAGCAGAGGGAAAGGAAAAUCAGCUUAUAGUUGAAAAAAAUUCAAUUAUAGAUUUAAAUCCAAAAUUAUAUAAAAAAAUUAUGAAACAAUCAAUUUAUUCAAGUUAUGUAGAAAUUUUAAUGUUAUGGAAAAGGCACGAUAUGCCAUUUAUAAAACUUGAUAGGGAAAAAUAUCUCACCUUACGUAAUACUGUUAAUAAUUUGGCAUUAUUUCAAUUGGAUCAAGGAUUUCCUCUAAAUAUACCAAAACGUCUUUGGUAUAAUCAAAUUAUUAAAGGAAGUAAAAAUAUUAAUUUUAUGGAAAAUUUAAAGGGUAGUAAAUUUUUUUUCAAUGACAUCACAUUAUUGGUGACAAAUCAACCAAAUACAUUAUUAAGCGAGGGAAUGAGACCAUUUGAUUCUGAAAUUGAAGUUAGAUAUCAUUUGACAAUUAAUUCACCAUUUGGAUUUGUUGAUUUAACAAAUUUUCAUUAUUCAUUGCGUAAUAAUUAUGUAACAUUCAGUGAUGUUUUAUUUACAGUAACAAAUACAUUUUAUUCAAAUAAAAAAGAGGUAUUAAAUAUUUUUCUAACAAAUCAUGAUAUUGGGGAAAAUAUUUGGCGAAAAACAAGAGAGGAGGAUAUAAAAAAUUUAUUAACAGAGGAUAAAAUUAUUAAACAUCCAAGAAUGAAGAGCAUUUUAACAGCUGCUAAUUUUAUAUCCGAAGAAGCACCAUUUUGUACAUUUGUAUCAUCAAAAAAUUUACUUUCAACUUAUAUUUUAAAAAUGGAUUCCACCAUUAAAAAUCAUGUUCCAACUUAUGAUAAAUUUGCCACUGAUAUUAUAAAUAUAAAUUCAAUAAAUUCCUACAAUGAAUGGAAAAUACCAAAAAAUCGUUAUAUAGAAGAUGUAUUAUUAAAUCAUAAUUUAGAUGAAAUUAUUCAUCUAUCAGAAGCAACAAGAAGAAUUAUUGCAAUUUAUGAUUUUGUUUAUAUACAAAAUAUUGAACAGGCAUUUCAUAAAUAUCGAAUGUUAUUUAAUAUUGAACAACAUAUUCGUUUUGAGGAUUAUUAUGUACUUUAUUCUUAUAUUAAUGAUAAUUUAGAAUUAAAUAUAAAUGGAAUAAGACGAUUGGAAGUUGCUAUUAAUCGAUUGGCAAUACGUCAAAGUAGUGGUAAUAGAAAAUUAUUUAAACUUCAUCGUGCUGAAUUAAUAGAAACUAAUGUAGCAGAAAAUAUUAAACAAUUAUUUAAUGAAAAACAAAUAUUUACAUUUAAUGAAUUAAAAAGAUUUUCCCUACAUCGUGAUAUUGAGGAAAUACAAUUUAUUGAUUAUGAAAAUAAUUUAUCAGAAAUUCCAUUAUUAAUGGAAGUUACAUUAAAUAAUCAAGUUGGUCUAUCGGAUGUUAAUGGUGUUAUUGUUAAUGAUAAUUUAUCAUAUGUUAUUACUGCAAAUUUUGAAUUUAUAUUGGAUGAUAUAAAAUUUGAAACAAUUUUUGGACAAAAAGUAAUGGUUAUUAAAAUGCAUGAUUAUGAAAGUCCAACGGAAAAAAGAAUAAUUCAAAUGGCAAAUCGACUUCAUGAAUUAUUAUCCACGGAAACUAAAUUUUAUUCAAAUCUAGAUGAAAUGGAAUAAAUACUAUAUUUUUUUUUUAAUAUUUGUUAUAUGUAAAUAGAUAUGUAAAAAAGAUUUUUAAUAAAUACUUUUUAAUUUUGUAGUAAA